AUGAGGUUUCCAAUCCUCACAUCUUUGGCAGUUCUCGCAAGCGCUUGCCAUGUUGGAAACACUGGGAGAUAUUCUCUUGCCACCUGGCGUGACGACAUCCGUCUCGCUCAAGAGGCCCACAUUGACGGAUUCGCCCUCAACAUUGCCUACGGCGAGCGUAUGAACGCUGCGUCGCUAGAGAACGUCUUUGAGGUGGCCAGCGACAUGGGCUUCAAGCUCAUCUUUUCCUUCGACUACGCCGGCGGGGGCCCAUGGCCUAAAGAUGACGUUCUCAACCUCUUGAAGAAGUACGCCACCAGGCCUGAAUACUUCAGGCAUAGCGAUGGGACACCGCUCGUGUCCACUUUUGAGGGCCCCGAACAGGCUUCAGAUUGGGUCGAAAUCAAACGCUCCUUUCCCUGCUUCUUCAUGCCCGAUUGGUCCUCAAAGGGAGCCAAGAGGGCAGCGGAACUGGCGGGUGGAGUCGCCGAUGGUCUCUUCAACUGGGCUGCCUGGCCCUGGGGAAAUACCAACAUGGAUACAUAUGUGGAUGCUUCAUAUUACCAGUAUUUGAGGGUGGAUGAGGACACCAGUAAGCCCUACAUGAUGCCCGCGUCGCCCUGGUUCUAUACAAAUCUCCCCGGCUACAAUAAAAAUUGGCUGUGGCGCGGGGACGACCUGUGGCACGACCGCUGGAUCCAGAUUAUCUACAACCAGCCAGACUACGUUGAAAUCAUUUCCUGGAACGACUACGGAGAAUCCCAUCACAUCGGUCCUCUUCGUCCUGACGCCAUGGAAGCCUUUCACACGGGCAGAGCCCCUUUCAAUUUCGCGAGAGACAUGCCCCACGAUGGUUGGAGGAUGACGCUUCCCUUUUGGAUUGAUUACUACAAGAACGGCAAAGCGACUGUGACCCAGGAGGGCAUCAUGGGAUGGUUCAGAACGACACCCGCAGCCACGUGCGGCGACGGCCAGACGUCCGGUAAUACCGCCAGCCAGUUGCAGCUGGAGUUCUCGCCGGCCGAGGUCAUGCAAGACAGGAUCUUCUUUUCGGCUGUGCUUGGCUCGCAUGCAGAUGUUACUGUCAACGUCGGGGGAACCUCACAGGCCGGAACUUGGACGUCCGUCCCGGACGGGGGUAUCGGCGUCUACCACGGAAGCGUACCAUUUCAGGGCAGGGGUUCGGUCUCCAUCUCUCUUCAGAGGGGCGGCGCGAACAUCGCCACUAUCAACGGGGGUUCCAUCACAGACAAUUGCGCAGAAAGCGGUCUCACCAACUGGAACGCGUGGGUUGGGAGUGCGAUGGCUGCGGGCUCCAUCUCCGCCACGCCGGCAUCAUCACGCGACGAGCAGAAAUGCAUCAAGGGCACCGGCGCGACUGGUUUCAGCAAGCUCUGCGAGUUUACCUGCAAGUACGGCUACUGCCCCGUCUCAGCAUGUCAGUGUCUUGCUAUCGGCGCCCCAAUCUCUGAACCUCCUACCACAGGCCCGGCUGGGUUCCCGGCUGCGGGUAAAAACGAAGGAGACAGGUGCGAUGUCAGAGACAACACGUGGCGUGAAAGGACAAUGCCUGCCUAUCAGCAUGCUGCAUAUCCGAUGCCCGUUUCGAAUAUCCACUACAUUACGAUCGUCAACCUCACGCCGUAUACCUUCCGCUAUUUGAAGGAUCGGUCCAACUACUACCAGGUAGCUGCUGACUUUGAUGAUAUCCCACCGGGACAGUCUCGUCAGAACAAGGCCCGUUGGGCAACCUCAGGUACGAGCAGAGCUGACGACAACGGUGAGGCGUACUUUGAGGUUAAGGACACAAACCAUGAGUUCCGCAUCAGGUGCACGACACAUUAUCCCUCUGACAGGCCAAUACGGUUCGUAGUUGACCUGGAUGGCUGGGGGCUAGGCGUCAAGGAAUACGAGGUUCCAGAAACUGAAGUUUCUAUCACAUUUGUGAUUACAGGAAGCGAGAACUACGGGUACCAUCAUUCUCUCACACUGGAUAGCUCACCAGUGGCUUGGAUGGAUUCCAUCAAGGAACAUAUCAAGGGAAGGCUGGUGAAGCACGUCAUCAUGCCCGGGGCCCAUGAUGCUGGAAUGAGUGUCAUUGGGAAGUACAAAUGGGGCGGUACCCCCAUGGAUACCCAGACCCAGGCCUACGGCAUCGCGGGGCAACUGGCGCUUGGAGCCCGCUAUUUUGAUCUUCGACCAGCUAUCGCGGAUGACGAAUUUCACAUCUUCCAUGUGUCCGAUCCGAGAGCAACCGUAAUAGUAGGAGCCUCAGGGGUUACGCUGCAAAAUGUUAUUGACGACAUCAACGACAAUCCUGGUGAGGUUGUCUUCCUGUGGAUGCGAGACAUGGUAUCCUUCCGGGGCGGCCUGUUCGGCGGUGGCCAUCCCUUCAACGAGAAUCAAAUGGCCCAGUUCUUCGACAAGCUGCGUGGAAUCAAAAACCGCUGCCGCGGCCUGACCGAAGCGACCAAGCUGCAGGAACGGGUCAUGGGCGAGCUCAUGGAGCAGAACGACGGCAGUGGCUGUGUGGCCAUUAUCCUCGAUCAGUUUGGCGUCGACGCGGGGAUCCCGCAAGAUGACCCCGCGUCGGGCAUCUUCCUCGCGGGAAAGCACAUGGACCGCACCGACCGGUGGGAAGAGGAUGUGGGCACUACGCCCGCCCAGCUGCUCGGCUACCAAGUCGCAGGCUUCGACGACCCAGUGCGCAGGCGCCUCGAGCCGUCGAAAGGAGGUGACUUUUUCGUGUCGCAGUGGGUUUUGAAUGCAAAACACGAGGAUGCGGUUUUCUACGGGCUCGAGAACCUGGCAAACUAUCUCACCACGCCGAUGCUGUACUACGGCGGGGUGGCGGAGAUGACCCCAGACAUGUUUCCGACCGUGAUGUUGAUGGACUACAUCGGAAUGCGCGUGUCGGGAGACACCACGGCGAAUAAUCGAGCGGCUGAGUUGCGGACGUUGGCGCUGGGUUUGAAUCUGUACUUGGUCAGCGAGAAUUGCUACGUCAGCAAGCGGCGGAAUCCGCUGGUUAAGGGAUCGGGCAAGAGGUUAGCGGCGCCGUGGAAUGGGAUCAUCUUUGCGAACGGGACUCGCAUUGAUAACCCGCCUCCGAACUUUGAUCCUUGGCGCGUGGAUGUCUUGAGAAGUGGGACGGUGUUUGGGAACGGGACCGUUUUGACGAGGAACAUCACCAACCCGUUCUAG